UGGUGAUCAAGCAUGGAGAGACGGUUCCCACGAAGAUUGUUGACGGGGUUCUUGUUCCAAAGUUAGAGACCGAAUAUACCUCAAAUGACAAGAAGAAGAUGCAACUAAAUGCAAGGGCCAUCAACUUUCUAUAUUGUGCCGUGAACCCGGAUGACUAUCGGAAAAUCUCAAGGUGCAAGACGGCCAAUGAGAUGUGGAACAAAUUAGAGGUCACAUAUGAAGGAACAAGUCAAGUGAAGGACUCAAAGAUAGACUUACUCACCCAUGAGUAUGAGGUUUUCAUGAUGAUGGAAAAUGAAACAAUAGAUGGCAUGUUCGAGAGAUUUUCAACUAUCAUCUCAAAUUUGGAUACACUUGGGAAGCAUUAUGAGGAUCAUGUUCUUGUUCGAAAAAUCCUUCGAAGUCUCACAUCGGAAUGGAAGUCUACGGUCAACCCUAUCAAAGAAGGCCGGGAUUACAAUACAUUGACAUAUGACGCACUUCGAGGUAAACUACUCACUUAUGAAAUGUCUAACUUUUCUAGUGCAGCGGAGAUCAAAAGGGAACAAAAUCUAUCAUUCAAAGGAGUUGCACUCAAAGCUUCAUCGUCAAAAUAUGUCGAGACAAGCGGCUCUAGGGAAAGUGACAUUCUCGAGUUAUUUAAUGACUUCUUGCAAAAUGAGCUUGAGCAAUUGAAUGAGAGUACAAAGCCUACUUGCUAUGGACGUGGAGAGCGUGGACAUAUCAAGGGUCAUUGCCCUAAUCGAAAAUUCAAGAAGUCUAAAUGCCAAAAGCAAUCCAACUCUAGCUCCUCUUCCUCAUCCGAUGAUGAAGUAGCCAUUUGUCUUAUGGCUCAAAGUGAAUCCGAAGAGAUUACCCCUCCAUGGUCUGCUCCGCGACCUCUGCCGUCAUUUCGGAUUCGCUCCUGGUCAGUUGACUGCAAUGCGCACAAGUAUGUCGCCUCCUACAUCUUGCGGUGCUGUGCUCUGGACAGAACCCCAACAUUGGACGAAUUCCUCAUCCUCUUCAGUAUUGGUGGGUCUUUUCCUUUUUACAGCCUGUAUUCCCAUUCUCAUGCCCCAAUUUUUGAGAGGGUUGAGUUUAAGAAUGACAAAUGGUCCCAGCGAUACUUCGUCAUUGAGUUCCCGGCUCACAGUCCCUUAGAUCUACCGGGUGUUGUUCUUCGUAGUUCUAUCUCCUGGACGAAGUUCGCUACGGCACACUCGGCGGAGGAAGUGUACAACGUCUUGAGAGACAAAGGGGGUUUAAUUCCACAUCACUCCCUUCAAGACGCCAGGUUAUACCAGAAGGCGGAUUUUUACUAUCCCCUGGGUCCUGACCCUGUUCCGUUUGAAGGGGAGCCUUCUCCUGAAAGAUCAAAGGCUCCUCCUGCUGUGGAAUCCGGUCCAGCCGGGAGCUCCUCCGGGGUCCAAACCCUAGGUGACUUCACUGCCUUGGCCAUCCGCAAGCCGACUGCUGCGUUGGAGGCUGUCCCCAUCUCUGCUAUUCCUGGGCUGAGAAGGCCCACUCCGUCCCAGAAACGGCCACGAGAAGGGGUCACAGAUGAUGACUUCCUUCCCAAGAAGAGUAAGGGUGAUGGUACUCCUGCUUUGCCCAGACCCCUGUCUACUUCUUUAGUGGAGGAAGAAGUUGAGGGGCGGAAAGAACCAGAGAUUCCUUCUGCGACAGAGAAGGAGGUUGACGUGCAGACAGAACCAGAAACUCCCCCCUCGAAAGAGAAUGAGGUUGAAGAGCAGAGGGAUAUGGGAGCUCCCCCAGAAAUGGAAAGAGAGCCCAAGAAACAAUCAGAGCCGGAGGGACAGUGUUCUACUGCCACACCUCCAGCCCUCAAUGUCCCCAUCCGGCGUAAGUUCACACCGCAAACUUAUCCCGCUUUCCAGGAAGGAUGGGCUGGGUUCUCUCGCGGUUUGAUCUCCAUGCAGGCCUCCCAUUGGACCAUUCAGGCAAAUCUGGAGAAGAUGAAGGAGUCGUUAAAGGAGCCCACAAUCCCUCAGGCUUGUCCUGACCUGCUUUCUCUCAAUGCUCUUUACUCCAUGGAGCAGGCCCAACAAUCACUCCUCACCCUCACUGAGGAGUACCUGGGUGGAGCAUCAGGGAACUACCAGGCCGUGGUGGCCUUGAAGGAGAAGGAGCUGGCGGCCAGGGCUCUGCAACAGAAAGUUGGUUCUCUGGAGCAACAAGUUCAGGCCCUUCAAGAAGAGAAUGCCCGGCUCAAGGAAAAUGGCUCUAUGGAACUAGUAGCUGAAAGGCUCCGGGCACAAAUCUCCAUUCUGGAGUCAAAGGCCUCAGCUUCAGAAGACAAGGUGGGAAGUCUGAAAGCUGAGUUGGUUGAAAGGGAAUCCCGGAUCUCUGAGCUGGAGAGUUCCCUCCAGGAGGCCAAGCAUGAGGGUUUUCGUCUUAACGAACUCGCGGUGAAACACAUGGAGGCGAGACGGCUUACCCUCGAGAAGUUGGGGAAAGAGAGACAGACUGCAAGCAAGCUCCGGUUAAGGAUGGGUGAACUGGAGAAGGCAAUUGCUUCCCAUCAAAAGGAGGUUGCCACCCUGACUGCCCGUGCUGAAGCCCUUUAUGAAGAAGGGAAAUUUGACAUGCAACACUGCAUUUAUGAGGCGGUCCGGAGUGGUCUUCCAGCUCACUGAUCUCUGGAUGAUUUCAUCUCCCACUACGGAUUACCUCUCCCUCUUUCUCCCCCAGAUUCUCAUGCCGACCCGGGGCCUUGACUUUCCCUCUCUCCUCUAACUGUUGUAUUUUGCUUUGUAACAUUUAGAUGGUAGUAACUUGAUACCGCUUGAUGUAUUUCCGUCCUCAUAAACUCCUUUCAUUAAG